AGAGGACAGUCCAAACGCACACGGUGCUAAGGAAAGAUGAAACGCUUAUUUGCGACGCUAGCACCUAUCUGUCUCUUAAUUUGUACCUGGCCAACUUCUUCGAUUGCCGCCAGUCUCACUUGUGAGGAACAAUUGCAACAAUUAGGCGCAAACUAUGCUACACUCAAGGAUAUUGUGGAAACCAAAAAUGCUCUACUUGAGGCAAAGGUGGCUGAACUACUAACAAAAAUGUCUCUACUGGAAACGCAAAUGGAACAGAAAGAUGGAGAAUACACAAAUCCUAGAGGAAAGAAUUGUUAAUUUGGAACGUACCCAGCACGGACGGACCGGCGGAAAUUUACCCGUCAAUAAUGGUGCAGUUGCCCGUCAGUCAUCUGGAAGAAGCGGCAUCCCAAGAACGUGUCUAGAAGCUCACCUUAUUGAUCCAUCACUUUCUUCCGGUAAGUACUGGAUCGAUCCGGACGGCCAAGGGGUUGGUGAUGCUCCGAUAUAUGUUUACUGCGAUAUGACAUCAGGAACAACAUCAGUUUUACACGACAGCGAAGGGCCAAGGGAUGUGGGCCACUGCGCUGAACCUGGAUGCUAUUCCAGGGCAGUUAACUAUAAUGCAAGCAGCAGACAAAUGGCAGCUUUAGCUGAGCUUUCUGCUGAAUGUCAUCAGUCUAUUCAAUACGACUGCAACUAUGCGCCUUUCGAGUUGAAUGGCGUUUCGUAUGCGUGGUGGAACAACAAAGAUGGGAACUCCGAAUACUUCUGGGCAGGCAGCGACGACAGCGUGCACACCUGUCAAUGCGGCAUCGAUGGCAACUGUGUUGAGGCUUCGCUAAAAUGCAACUGUGAUUCCGCAGCGCCCAUUCCGCUGACUGAUACAGGGGUAAUUACAAGGAAAGACAUUCUGCCCAUCAGCCGACUAAAUUUUGGUCGAACCCAACUACAAAGUUCCUCCGGUGUCCACACGCUUGGUCCAUUUGAAUGCUCGGGACAAACGGCCAUAGCCGGGAUGCCUUCCUCGUGUGAAGAUUUGUGGAGGGUUGGCCACAGCUUGAGCGGAUUAUAUUCGGUCAUCGGAAAUGCAAUGGUGGAAAGCGUUUACUGCGACUUUACGAAAUUGCCUAAUGAUGCAGGUUUCCAAAAGUGGAUUGGAUUUGUAGAUGUCAAGUCAUCCCCCACUUAUUUCUAUGUUCAAUUAGGCACACAUUACGAUCAAAGUUUUACUCCAAUUCCAUUCAACGUUCAAAGACUUAACAUUGGAGGAGCAAUGAACUUACAAUCGGGCAAAUUCACAGCACCUCGAACGGGGAUAUACUCCUUCAUCUUCUCCGGCCUGGUUACUUUUUCGUCUACUGACCACCAGUCUUUACGUUGUGAAUUUUUUAAGAAUGGCAAUCGUUUGCAUUUUUGCUACGCUGACCACCCUGGUCAAUCAAUCCUGGGACCACCAGAACAUGAAUCGUUAAUCUUACAAUCCACACUACCUUUGCAAUUAGGAGAUCAAAUCUGGGUGCAGAUUGACUACCGGGGAUCCGGGGUUUACUUGGAGAGUGCCAAUUACACAUACUUCAGUGGUUUGCUUCUGGAAGAGGACAUAUCAAUAUCGCUUAAUGGUAUUUAGACCACUACAGGAAGGGCUCUAAAUCAGAUAUCAAUACAUUUUUGAAGAUUUUAA